GCCGGGGGGGGGCGGGAGGGACGGGUUGGGGGCGGCCAUGCCGAGGGGGCGGCCCCCCGAGCCCGGCGGGGAGAGUGGCGAGGCCGGCGCCGAGGCAGAUGAUGUUCUGACACCAACUACAGAGAACGGUAAUUUUCCCUACCAAGUACCCAACUUCCAUAAGUGUGAGAUUUGUUUGCUGUCUUUUCCAAGAGAGACCCAGUUCCAGCGCCAUAUGAGGGAUCAUGAGCAAAAUGACAAGCCUCACCGGUGUGACCAGUGCCCGAUGUCAUUUAAUGUUGAAUUCAACUUGACCCUUCACAAAUGUACUCACAAUGGCGAAGAUCCUACGUGUCCUGUGUGCAACAAGAAGUUCUCCAGAGUAGCCAGUCUGAAAGCACAUAUAAUGCUACAUGAGAAAGAGGAGAAUCUUAUCUGUUCAGAGUGUGGAGAUGAAUUCACUUUACAGAGUCAGCUGUCCAUACACAUGGAAGAACAUCGUCAAGAAUUGGCAGGCAGUAGGAUUCACAGCUGCAAGUCUUGCAAAAAAGAAUUUGAAACUUCCUCACAGCUAAAGGAGCAUAUGAAAACUCACUAUAAAAUAAGGGUAUCAAAUACCAGAUCUUACAACAGAAACAUUGAUAGAAGUGGGUUUACCUAUUCCUGUCCUCACUGUGGGAAGACGUUCCAGAAACCGAGUCAAUUAACACGGCACGUUAGAAUACACACAGGUGAAAGACCUUUCAAAUGCAGCGAGUGUGGGAAGGCCUUUAACCAGAAGGGGGCUCUGCAGACCCACAUGAUCAAGCACACAGGGGAGAAGCCCCACGCCUGUGCCUUUUGUCCCGCUGCCUUUUCCCAGAAAGGCAACCUGCAGUCACACAUACAGAGAGUUCACUCUGAGGUGAAGAAUGGCCCUACGUACAACUGUACAGAAUGUAGCUGUGUCUUCAAAAGCUUGGGUAGUUUAAAUACACAUAUCAGCAAGAUGCACAUGGGCGGUCCACAGAAUUCUGCAAGUGCUUCAACAGAUGUAUCUCAUGUUACAGUGGACUCUGUCACCCAGCCUUUAACGACAUCCCCUGCUAACCUUUUGCAACCUGUUGAUAACAAAUGGAAGAAUGCCACACAUUUUCGGUCUCCACUUCUUCAACAGACAGAAAACCAGGUGUCUCCAGCUGCUGCUCAUCAGGGUCAGCAGACUGUCACUGAUGUCAUUCAGCAGCUCCUUGAGUUAUCAGAACCAGGUUCUGUAGAAAAUAACCAGCCUCAACAACCUGGUCAACAGCUCAACAUUGCAGUGGGGAUCAGUAGAGAUAUUUUGCAGCAAGCAUUAGAGAACAGCGGGUUGUCAUCAAUUCCUGUCUCUGCACAUUCUACUGACUGCAGCCAGGCUAAGGCUGCUGGGGCCCAGGAUCAGAACCCAGAUGUUCCGAGCCUCUCAAAUCAUCAGGCUGAUUCUAAUAGUGCUGAACAAGACAAGGAGCAAGAGAGUACGGAUAAACUAGAUAAAAAAGAAAAAAAGUUCAUUAAGAAAAAAUCACCGUUUUUGCCUGGUUCUAUACGUGAAGAAAAUGGAAUCAGGUGGCAUGUUUGUCCAUAUUGCUCUAAAGAAUUUAAAAAACCAAGCGAUUUAGUGCGCCACAUUCGCAUUCACACCCAUGAGAAGCCAUACAAGUGUCCCCAGUGCUUCCGCGCCUUUGCCGUGAAGAGCACUCUAACAGCACACAUAAAAACACACACUGGCAUUAAAGCUUUCAAGUGCCAAUUUUGUAUGAAAAGCUUUUCCACCUCAGGGAGUUUAAAAGUUCACAUUCGCCUGCAUACAGGUGUUAGGCCUUUUGCUUGUCCUCACUGUGACAAGAAGUUCAGAACAUCGGGCCAUCGGAAAACUCAUAUCACUUCACAUUUCAAACAUACAGAGCUAAGAAAGCUGCGACAUCAACGUAAACCCACAAAGGUUCGAGUAGGAAAGUCAAGUGGUCCAGUACCAGACAUCCCUUUGCAAGAGCCCAUACUCAUAACUGAUUUAGGUCUUAUCCAGCCAAUCCCGAGGAAUAGCCAGGUCUUCCAAAACUAUUUUAACAGUAAUUUUGUGAAUAAUGCAGAGAGACCAUACAAAUGCUACUAUUGCCAUCGAGCCUAUAAAAAAUCCUGUCAUCUUAAACAACACAUCAGGUCUCAUACAGGUGAAAAGCCUUUUAAGUGCUCUCAGUGUGGAAGAGGUUUUGUGUCAGCUGGAGUUCUGAAAGCACAUAUUAGAACACAUACUGGAUUGAAAGCUUUCAAGUGCGUUGUGUGCAACGGGGCCUUCACUACUGGUGGUAGCCUCAGGCGGCACAUGGGGAUCCAUAAUGACCUUCGACCAUAUAUGUGUCCCUACUGUCAAAAAACAUUCAAAACAUCACUCAACUGUAAAAAACACAUGAAGACUCAUAGAUAUGAACUUGCACAGCAACUUCAGCAGAAUCAGCAGUCUUCUUCAAUAGAUGAUUCUACAGUACAUCAGCAGAGCAUUCAUGUUUCUACACAAAUGCAGGUGGAGAUUCAAAGUGAUGAGCUACAGCAGUCAGAAACUGUUGCAACAGAUCAGCAGGCUAUUUUAGAGUUAGACCAGCAGCCAGUAGUAGGCACAGAAGAAACAGCACUAGAACAAGAAUUGGCUGAUCAGCCUUUAGAGCAAGAUGAGGAUAGAUUUGUGACGUCCCAGCAUGCUUUACAGGAAAACAUCACUCAGUUUGAACAACAGACUAUAACACAGCAGCCAUUUGAUCAACAGAGCUUAUCACAAGGUUUUACUGUGAAUGACAACUACAAUCAACAGAGUCAAUUUCCAGCUGUACAACAGCUGCAGGAUUCAAGCACACUUGAAUCUCAGGCUCUUUCAACGAGUUAUCAUCCACCAGCCCUUCUUCAGGUUCCAAAUACAGACACUAUUAAUGUAACCACUCGCUUGAUGCAAGACCAGUCACCACAGGAAGAACUUCAAUUGCACACCCAAAGGCCUCAUUUUCUUGAGGAUAAUGAAGAUCAAAGUAGGCGUUCAUAUAGAUGUGAAUAUUGCAACAAGGGUUUUAAGAAAUCCAGCCAUUUGAAGCAACAUGUACGAUCACAUACUGGUGAGAAACCUUAUAAAUGCCAACUCUGUGGCCGUGGUUUUGUUUCCUCGGGAGUUCUUAAGUCACAUGAGAAGACUCAUACAGGAGUUAAAGCAUUCAGCUGUAGCAUUUGCAAUACCUCCUUCACAACUAAUGGCAGCCUUACCAGGCACAUGGCAACUCACAUGAGCAUGAAGCCUUACAAGUGCCCAUUCUGUGAUGAAAGCUUUCGAACAACUGUUCACUGCAAAAAACAUAUGAAAAAACAUCAGGCAGUCUCCUCAGCUGUAGCAGCAGCUACAGAUACAGGAGGAGGAGUUGCAUGUGUUGAAGAUGAUGAUGAAAGCUCUGAAAGAACUUCCAGAAAAUCUCGUCCUGGUGUCAUAACUUUUACAGAAGAAGAGACAGCAGAACUGGCAAAGAUUAGGCCUCAAGAAAGUGCCACUGUGUCAGAAAAAGUUCUUGUCCAGUCAGCUGCAGAGAAAGACAGAAUUAGUGAGAUGAAAGAUAAGCAAGCAGAACUGGAAGCAGAGCCCAAAUAUGCCAACUGUUGCAGUUAUUGUCCCAAGAGCUUUAAAAAACCCAGUGAUUUAGUCAGGCAUGUUCGUAUCCAUACUGGAGAGAAGCCGUAUAAGUGUGAUGAAUGUGGGAAGAGUUUCACUGUAAAAUCCACUCUGGAUUGUCAUGUUAAAACACACACAGGCCAGAAGCUCUUCUGUUGUCACGUGUGCAGUAACUCUUUCUCUACAAAAGGCAGUCUAAAAGUCCACAUGCGCCUGCAUACGGGAGCAAAGCCCUUCAAAUGCCCACACUGUGAUUUGCGGUUUCGUACUUCAGGGCGCAGAAAAACCCACAUACAGUGUCAUUAUAAACCGGAUGCAAAGAAAGUUAGGAAGCCUGUUGCCCGGACUUCAACUGAGGGAUUACAACCAGUCAGUCUUCUUAAUUCAUCCUCAACAGACCCUAAUGUUUUCAUCAUGAAUAACUCUGUUUUGACGAGUCAGUUUGAUCAAAAUUUACUUCAACAAGGACUUGUGGGCCAGGCUAUCCUGCCUGCUUCAGUAUCAGCUGGAGGUGACUUAACUGUGUCCUUGACAGAUGGUAGCUUGGCCACUCUUGAAGGAAUACAGUUACAACUUGCUGCUAAUCUGGUUGGACAAAAUGUUCAGAUUUCUGGAAUAGAUGCCACUGGUAUUAACAACAUAACAUUACAGAUUGAUCCAAGUAUCCUACAGCAGACAUUACAGCAGAGUAAUUUACUUACUCAGCAGCUGACUGGAGAUCCCACCAUGGCUCCACAGAAUCCCUCCCUCCAGGCAACAGAAAAUGCAGUGCCAGCUAACGUGGUUAUUCAGCCCAUAUCAGGCUUGUCUUUGCAGCCCACAGUAACAUCAUCUGCUAACAUGACCAUAGGGUCCCUGUCUGAGCAGGAGUCUGUGCUGACAACCAGUGCUAAUGGUGCACAAGACAUUACUCAAGUCAUGACUUCACAGGGUAUGGUGUCAUCUACAAAUGGACAACAUGAAAUAAUGUUGACCAUAAAUAAUUCCAGUUUGAGUCAAGUUCUAGCUCAUGCUUCAGGUUCCACUACUGCGACCUCAUCAGGAAGUCCUCAAGAAAUCACUCUUACAAUAUCUGGCCAAGAUCUUAUUCAGCAUAAUUCUGGAAGUACUGAUCUGAACACUGGCUUAAGGCUGACAGCACCAACCAUCAGCAGUCAGACUACAGGUGCUACAUUAACUAUAAGCAAUGACCAGCUUCUUUCUCAGGGCCCUUCACUAAAUGCUCCAGAACUUAAUACAGCAGGGGGAACAAAUCUUCCUUCAGCAACACCCAUAUCUCAGUCUGCAGUUUCUGCACAGAAUUUGGUCAUGUCUUCAUCAGGAGUUGGAGGAGAUGGUAGUGUCACUUUGACUCUUGCUGAUGCUCAGGGAGUGUUGUCAGGUGGUCUUGAUGCAGUUACACUUAAUAUCACUUCACAGGGUCAGCAGUUCCCUGCUAUACUCACAGAUUCCAGUCUUGCUAGCCAAAGUGCAUCAGGAUCACAGCAAGUAAUACUGGUGAGCCAUACACCCCAUUCAGCACCUGCAAACUCUGAUGAAAUAACAUAUCAGGUGACAGAAGUUUCCCCUAAUGUGAGUAAAAGCAGUCAAGCAGAAAAAGAAACUCGUGGGCACCAGUGUUUUGAGUGUAGCCAAACCUUUUAUUCUGUCACCAUGCUGACGCACCACUGCAAAGAAGUUCAUGGCAAGGAGCGAAUACACGUUUGCCAGAUCUGCAAUAAGGCCUUUAAGAGGGCAACACAUCUCAAGGAACACAUGCAAACCCAUCAGGGUGGACCUUCACUGAGUUCCCAGAAGCCUAGAGUGUUUAAGUGUGAUACUUGUGAAAAAGCUUUCGCUAAGCCAAGUCAGCUGGAGAGACACAGUCGCAUCCACACAGGGGAACGGCCAUUUCAGUGUACGCUUUGUGAAAAGGCAUUUAACCAGAAGAGUGCUCUUAAAGUCCACAUGAAAAGGCACACAGGAGAGAGACCUUAUAAAUGUGACUACUGUGCAAUGGGAUUCACACAAAAAAGCAAUAUGAAACUGCAUAUGAAACGGGCUCAUGGUUACACUGGUCCGGUACAAGAGCCGGCAGGUCACCAAGAACAAGAAGGGGAAGACAUCAGUCGUGCUCUGAAUUUAGAAGAAGUGGUACAAGAAUCUUCAAAUGAAUGGCAAAGUAUAGGCAAUGUUUUCCGAUAACACAUUGAAAUUGGAAAAGAAAAAAUAUUUCUGGGACUCGAACUUUACAGUUAAAGCUUCAAGCAUUGAAGAUACUAACAAUAGAAAAAUAUAUUAUAGUUUUUUUAAUUAUUUACAAAAGAUACCUAAAAGAUGAAUUCUUUUUUUUAAGCUUGUAGAAGAAUAUUGGGAAAACUUCAUUUAAUCUGUGCUAAGUUGUCUGUGAAUCAAUGAACUCAGGUAAUAAUGUAUACAGUUUCAUCUUUGAAUUCACAGCCAGUAUAUCUAUUUAAAAAUAAACUGGAACUUUAUAUCAGAAUAGAAUGAUUCCCAUUUUUAAUGGAGAUGAAGAAUGACUUCACAGGAAAAUCAUGAAACUGUCAGUUAACUUUUUUUUAAUGUAUUUUAAGAAAUAAUUGAGAUUGGAAACAAAGUGUUGCAGUUGAUGAUGCAUGCAGUAUAAAACAGUGGAGUUUUGCCUUUUUUUUUUCUUACAAGGCACAGGAAAAUGCUGUAUUUCUUUUGAAAGCUUUCUUUUUUAGUCCAUUUUGAGAAUUUUGAAAAAAAAUAAAAUACUGCGAGCUCGUGGCUUUUCUUGAGGUAAACUCUUGAGAGGAAGCAUGUUCAUUUUCAUUCCAACCGCAGAGGCAGAUAGAUGUUAGUUUUUACAGUAAAAGUCUUGAGGUUUUUGACUUGGCAAUCAUUACUUAAUAAGACUCCAAAUGAAAAAGGGUUCCAGUUGUUGCUGUUUGCUGUACUGGGUCAGCAGGUACAUAUCUCAGUAUCUGUGGAAAACAGCCAUAUACUAAAUCUGUGAGUUAAACAAGUACCAUUUUGUGGUAGCAGUGAGAAAAUUAGGUGCACACUAAGUCGCCUAUACUAUACAAUGUUCCCCAGCUGUAAACAGUUAUCACUUUGAAUCUGUAAAUUCCUUAUUAUUUUCUUUGUGGAUUUUGGAAAGAUGUUACAUUUAUUUGUUGCUUAAGUCAUUGUUUUAGCAAAACUACCUAGCUGACUGAGUAUUGCUUUCAAAGGUGCCACUUGUUAAGUAUAUUCAUAGCAGAGAAACACUGGAGUAAAAAGCAUAGUUGUCUUUUAGACAUUCCAAAGACAGAAGCUGUUUUCUUAUUUUUGCCUUGUUCUUUUGCAUUUUAUUUAUAUGUUACAUAUAUAUAAAUAUAUAUAUGUGUGCUUAUAUAUGUGUAUAUAUAUAUAUGUAUAUAUAUAUAUGUGUAUAUAUAUAUAUAUAUAUAUUUAAAGUCUACGAGCCUCUGUGUGGCCGAUCAGUAUAUUUUGUAAAUACUAAUCCCAGUUGCAAGGAGUUCAUCUGUUUGGUUGCCACAAGUACUUCUAGAUCAGUGGUGGAUAUGUUGUACUAUAAUACGGACCUGAACUUUAAUUUUCCUUCUAAAAGAUAAUUGUUCUCAGAUCCAAAAAGCUCUUUUCUGUAAAUAUUGUCUAUACUCUGUCUGUGAUACAAGCUAGUUAUUUCAGAUUGCUGAAGCAAGAAAUCGCUGUUGGUUUUGAUAGGGCAUCUCUUAAUUCUUUUGUUAACUGUUCAGCAUAUGUAUAUAAGUUAUAUAGUUGGUGACAUGAAAAUAACACUUUUGUUAUGUGGAAUAUUUAAUUGAAAAACAUGCUAAAUAAUAUUACUUUUUUCCAAAUUUUGUUUCGCGUAUUUUUUAAGCAUAUGAUUAUGGAUUCUAGGAGAUUGGAAAAAGUGUUUACAGAAGUGCAUGUUUGAAUAUUAGAUGGGAAGAAUAAAGUCCUUCUAUCAGUGCCUUCCCUUCCAGGCAGCCUGCGAAUGUUCCAGCUGUUAAAGAAAGACAUUAUAUUUUACAGUUGUCUGGCCUCAUGGCAUAGCACACUGUUUAUCUGUAAUAAUAGAGCAAAAUGUGCUGUAUUGUGUGUACCAUGUAUGAAAUAUUUUCCCUGUUAUUUCAGGGAAUACUAUAUAAAUGCACAGACGGCUUGGAACUAGGUGAUCUUUAAGGUCCUUUGCAACCCAGACCACUUAAUGAUUCUGUGAUAAUUGGAACACAGAACCUAAAGGCUGAUCUCAUGGGUAAAAAGAUGGCAUUUUUAAAGGGUCACUUCUCAAAGUGUUAUGCCUUGGUUAGAGGCAGUGAGUCUGUUCAGCAAGCCUUGGAAGUGUUAACUGAACAGUGUGAGUUAUGGACUCAGCUGACAUUUUUCCGGAAAUCAGUUUGCUACUCUUCCAGCACUUGGAAAUCCUGUCAGCUACAGUAAUAGACUUUUAAAAAAUUUCUUUUUAACAUUGUAUAUGAUUUGCUUCCAUGCAUCCUCUUCACCUGUGAACUUCAAGUUUCUUGACAGAGGUUUUUAUAGCCUUGGUAUGAUUGAGUUGGAGCUUUCCAGAGCAUGUGUGUGUGUCAAUGUUCAGAACAAAUACAGACACGGUAACCAGUAUGUUGAUAUUUUCAAAAGCAGCGUUAAAGCAGAUGCAUUAUGUAAGGAAGCAGAACUCUUGUUCUGAGGAGUGCUUGAUGUGUCACAUUGCAUAGUGGGUAAGUGGACAGCCCUUGUUCUUUCUGGUUUAAUGUAGUAGUAGGCUUGUGCUAGCCUUGGGGUUUUGGCUUGUGUCUGCUCACAGUUUCUUUUGGUUUAUGUCCAUUCCUUUGGAACAUUAAAUUACGCGCUCCUGGUAUUUGCUGUGCAUUCUUGUUUCAGGAAGAAUCCUUUGCUUAUAAAUCAAAUGGCCAUUUAAACUGCUGGAUUUCAUCAAAACUACUAGUGUGUAACUAAAAUAAUAUAUUUCAGGCUAAGUUUUAAUCUCUUUUCAUAUUGGUAAAAUAAUGCUUUCAAGUACUGUACCUAUUCCAAAGGAAUUAUAUCAAAAAAGCCACUUUGACCCUCUGGCAAUACAGUGCCAGAUAUA